UCAGUAGCUUCACGGCAGAGAAAAAUAGUGGCGCUGAAAUCUGUUCUACUUUUUAGGAGUUUCUUUGGACAAUCGUGUACUUGAUAUUUACUGGUUCUGCCAUGGGUGGUUAGUUCUAGAGUCCACCCACUGUCCCAGCUCCUUCCACUGCUGUCAUCAGCCCUGGCUUUUGCCGUUCAGUAUAUUUUGUAGUUUGCAGCAACUAACUUACUUGCCCUUUCCUCAUGUAGCUAUUGUGAAGAGUAGAUUUCUUCUUGCCUAUUCUGCUGUCUCUCUCUCUUCGUGACCGACGCACUCGAGCUGUCUUCACUGGCUGGAUGGGUUUUGCAACUCGAUAGCCUGCCACUAUCCCUUUCGAUCUAUUUCUGUUUCUAUCUUCACCUCUGUUCUCCGGCACCUGAAGAUACCUAGUACCUGUUGAACAAUGGCUCAAAAUUCAACCCAGGCCAGCAAAGCUGCACUAGAUGCCACAGCUACAAAUGGACAGUCAUCAGCCUCGGUUGUUGUUCAGAAUGGCGCACUGCCUCCAGUCACAGCUGCAUCAGUUGCUGUUGCCACAUCAACAGCACCAGUAACAUCUGCUGAAAGUGUAAGCGUUGCAGCAGCAGCAGCAGCGGGAGGGGCAACAGCAGACAGCACUGCAUCAGCAGGUGCUGUUGCUGCCGGACCCAGUAAUGGUGACGCCCCUGUCACUCCAUCGCGUGUACUGCACGUUCGUCACUUACCCCAAGAGAGCACAGAGUUGCAAGUCGCCGCAUUAGGCGCACCGUUUGGCCGCGUUCUGCACGUAAUGCUGCUCCGACAACGGAAUCAGGCGUUCCUUGAGAUGGUUGAUGAACCCAGCGCCACCGCCGCCGUCAAUUACUACAAUUACGUCUCGGCCAAUAUCAAUGGUGUAACUGUAUACAUCCAGUUCUCCAUUCACAAAGAGCUGCGCAUUACCCAGAACUCUGGCACCACGUCUCCGCCUGCUAAUGGCCCUGCCGACAACAAAGCCGACCCCACCGUUCUGCACAUAAUCGUCGACAACAUGGUGUACUCCGUCAAUCUGGACACGCUACACACUAUAUUCAUGAAGUUUGGAAAUGUGCUGCGUAUUAUCACGUUCAACAAAAACGGCCAGUUCCAGGCUCUGAUCGAGUUUGCUGAUACAGCUUCAGCUACUCAGGCCAAAUAUUCCCUGGAUGGUCAGAACAUCUAUGACAGAUGUUGCGUGAUGCGCAUUGAGAUCUCCAAGCUGCGCUCUUUGAUGGUGAAGGCCAAUAACGAGAGGCAGCGGGACUACACGCGGAUGGAUGGCGAGAAUCAACAACAACAGCAGGCCCAGGCUGGCCCACCGGCCCAUGCCAUGGGUCCUCCUUACGGCCCAGGUGUCCCAGGUUUGUUGGGACAGGGUCCUAUGAUGGGGCCAGGGCCAGAAGUACCACGGCACAUGGUUCCAUUCAUGAGCAAGCAGAUGAUGCCACCACCCAUGCCACCCAUGAUGAAUAUGCCGCAGGUUUAUCCAGGCGUGCCACCUGUCAUGGUUGGAUCACCUGUCUUGCUUGUCAGCAACUUGAACGAGCAGCAGAUCACGCCGACAAACCUCUUCAUGCUAUUUGGAGUGUACGGUGAUGUUCAGCGAGUCAAGAUCCUCUUCAACAAGAAGGAUGCUGCAUUGAUCCAGAUGACAUCGCCUUUCCAGGCACAUACUGCCCAGAACUACUUGAACAAGGUGUCUCUGUAUGGCAAAGAUAUGCACAUCACCAUCUCGAAGCACACCCAUGUCUCGCUACCACGUGAAGGCCAGGAGGGUGCUGAGCUCACAAAGGACUUUGCUGGGUCACCUCUUCACCGCUUCAAGCAGGGCACCUCGCACAACUACCAGAACAUCUUCCAGCCGUCGGCCUGCUUGCACUUAUCAAACAUCCCGAGUGACAUCACUGAGGAGUUCCUACGAGAGAAGUUCUCUGCCUUUGAAGGGACCGUAGUCGCCCUCCGCUGGAUUAUGCUAAAGGACGAGGAGAAAUUCAAGGAUAGGCGUAUGUGUCUAAUUCAGAUGUCAUCUGUCGAAGUAGCCGUGCAGGCCCUUGUGAAUCUUCACAACCUUCAUCUUGCGGAGAAGCGCUAUCUCCGAGUCUCGUUUGCAAAGUCACCCGUGCUGUCCUAAGGCAGCGCCUGGCUCUGCUCUGCUUCUAUAUUGUCAACCGUUCUCAACAGUGUACAUUCUCCUAUCGCGGUUGCCUGUGUAGUUGUCUCUCAUUCUGUACUCAGAUCUCACCUAGAGAUUGCCGUAGUUUUCGUAACCUCUUUUCUGCAAGAGAUGAUGUCGUCUUGCUAAAUACAAUCUAUUUCAGCAGCGCUCGGUGUGCUAGCUUAGCUUUUCAUUCUCGUAGUUUUCCCGUAGUAGAAAUCCACCUGUUCCCUGUUAGUAGUGAUUCCAAAUAACAUCCCCUUUCUAUUGAUCCUGGGCCGUGUCUUUUCCUUUUUUUCUGCUGUCCUGCAACAAGUAGUUUCUCACACCCUGAUCACGUUGGCUGGCAACAGUGUGCGCUGUUUCUGUUCCUUUCUUUCAGGAAGCCUUUUCCUUCCCCCUUUACUCCGUUCAUUGCCUGUUCAUGCUCAUUCUGCAAAUACUACAACAAAAAAAGGAAAAGGUUUUUAUCUGUGGGCCAUGUUCUGCUGUGCCCACGCCUGCCUGUAAGAUAGUCUUUUUUCAGAUUUUGCAAAAGAGCCAUCCAGCCUUAGAGAUUCUGGUUGCUCUUGUGCCAUAUAUGUCUGCAUCCUCUCGUGUUGAUGCCCGUGUCUCGUCCCGUGUUCAAUAUUCUAUUAUUUUCUCAUUAUAUGUCCUCCCCUUUUCUCUGUAUUGAAUCGCGGGGGCCGCUGUUGCCUGCCAAUGCUCAAUUUGUGGUUGUCCAUUCUGUGCCUAACAUAUAAUCUAUUCAUCCGUGUGUCGUGACAUUUCGCCUGGAUCCCGCCGUCCUGCCGAAGAAGGUGUCCUCGUGUGUAAGGAGGAGAGCUGUGGACGUCUUGUGGCCGCUGGGCUGAUGCUGACUUGUGUGUGUGUGUGUGUGUGUGGUCACCAACAGUGCUCCUCUUUCUAAUUUAAGACCUGUGUUUUCGUUUUUGCACAUAUGUUGGUGAACCCAAAUGAUGAGAACUCAAAAAUCGGCUUACUGUC